AUGCCGAUAUCACCCAUUAUUACGUUCAAGGCGGGCAUUUGCGAUGUCGAUCAAUCGUCGAAGCCGUACAAGGUCACGCCCCAAGCCAGGCCCGGCUACAUCUACCUCUACUCCGACGAUGACUUCAUCCAUUUCUGCUGGCGCCCGAGAGACGCUUCUGUGGACGAGCCCGAGCUCGACCUCGUCAUGAUCCCCGAGGACGGCCACUUCCUUCCCUACGAUACCAAAUCGCCUGCCCAGGCUUCCGCUAAGACCAACGGCCGUAUCUUCUCGCUCAAGUUCUCUUCCUCGUCACAGCGCCACAUCUUCUGGCUGCAAUCGAAGCCCCAGGGCCCUAACGGCGAUCCGUCUGUCCUGAGCCCAAGAGAUCUGAAGAUUGGAGAGAUCGUGGACAAGCUGUUGCAGGAUUAUGAAGUCGAUGUCAACAGGGAGCUUGCUUCACUCAGCAGCGGCGGUGGCAACAACCGCCGAGACGAUGAUGACGACGAGACGAUGGAGGACGUCGAGGGCCACGGAGACCCCAAUUCCCACCACGAGGGCGGUACCGGCGGCGCUGGUCCCGAUGCCACCGGUGGUGAUGUCCGGAGGGAGGGCGAGGACGCCAGAGAAGGAGGAGCAGAUGGAGCGAGAGCGGCAAGUGCUACAAAUGCCGAGACUGAUGCGGCUGCCGUUGUACGAAACUUCCUCGAUUCCCUGAAGGGCACCCAAGGGCUUGCCGGAGGCCAAUCUCAGACCCAGGCUCAGGGCAAAUCAUAUCCCCUGCUCAACGACCUACUUGAACCCUCUGUCACGAUCCCGAUACUCGAUUCCGCCACCGACGAAUAUGUCGACAACCUUUUGAACUACCUACCCCCGACCGUCAUUAUCAUGUCCCAGCAAGGCGCCAGCAAUGCCGAUGCCAUUGAGAUCGAGCCGAGUGCCGAGUCUGUUGAGGCCGCUCGGCAGACCAUGAGCCAAGAUCAGAAGCGCGCGCUCCUGAAGAAGGUUCUUCGGAGCCCUCAGUUUACCCAGAGCUUGGCUAGUCUGACCAUUGCUCUUCGGGAUGGAGGACUCCCUAACAUUUCGGCCGCGUUAGGCGUCCAAGUGGAAAAUGGCGGUAUGGUCAGGGGCGGUACGGUGCCUCUUGGUGGUGGAGAUGCUGUCGAGGCCUUUGUGGAGGGAGUGAAGAAGACGGUUCAGAAGAAGUAA